AUGGAUCGCAGGGAGAUCCUCUCCAAGGGCUCGGCACUCCAGAAAGCUAUUGCCGCGAAGGAGCCGUCUGCAAAUAUCCUGACAAUUCUGCGUGACCUAAAGGCAAACGUACGGCCUAGCGAAGAACUUUUGCGCGCCACGGGAAUAGGCAAGAUCGUUAAUAAAGUGAAGGGAGUACCUAAUGUGGACCCUCAAGUCAGCCAACUCGCUGCAGAGAUAAUAUCCCGCUGGCGGCAUGUGGUGAACGAGCAAAAGUUGGCGAGCGGGACGUCUACACCUACCGCCAACGGGGCGAGGUCGAACGGCACGAGCUCGCCGGUACCCCAGAAGCCCGCCACACCCACGCCAAAGGCGGCCAGCCCCGGAGUUGCACCUGAUAAACGCAACUGGAAAACGGAUAAAGUACCCCGCGACGAGUUGACAUCCGACACGGCUCGAAACAAUUGUAUCGGGCUCAUCUACGAUGGUCUAUGUCUGGGUUCCGAAAUUCCCAUGAAACAGAUCCUUGACCUGGCCAAGCAAAUCGAGACCGCUGCCCUCAAUCUGCCUGACGCUAAAGGGUCCUCGGCUUCGACCGUGUACAAAGACAAAAUCCGCUCUUUGUACCAGAACCUCAAGAAUAAAUCCAACCCGGGACUGCGAGUGCGCAUUUUGUCCGGGGAAGUUACCGCGCAACGAUUUGUCACUAUGUCACACGAAGAGAUGAAAUCGCGGCAACAACUAGAGGAAGACCGCAAGAUAGCAAAGGAGAACAUGAAUAAUGCCAUGGUGGCACAGGAAGAGAAGUCCGUGAGUACUUCUCUGGAGUGCGGAAAGUGUCACCAGAAAAAGGUCAGCUAUUCUCAAGCGCAGACGCGGAGUGCUGAUGAACCGAUGACAACCUUUUGCGAGUGUCUUAAUUGUGGCAACCGGUGGAAAUUUUCUUGA